AUGGCAGUGUGCGAUGCAUUUUAUAAGUUCAGUCUUGUCGACAUUGGUGCAUACGGGUCACAAUAUGACAGUAUCGUGUUUUCGGACUCGCCAUUUGGAAGUACCAUUUUGCACCGGCAAAGGGUAAUUUUGCAUCUUCCCCACGAGACGGCUUUGCCCAAUACUGACCGAAUACUACCCUAUUUUUUCGUGGCGGAUCAAGCGUUUCCGCUACACGAAAAGAUUAUGAGGCCAUGUCCAGGAGAAAGACUAGGUGAAGCCAAGGAAAUAUUCAAUUACCGGCUGUCUCGAGCAAGGCGAACGAUCGAAAACACCUUUGGGAUUUUGGCUUCACGUUGGAGGGUGUUUCGGAAACCAAUCAUUGCAAAUGUUGAAACCUGUAUAGCGAUCACAAAGGCGUGUGUGGCGCUGCACAACUAUUUACAAAAGGGAGAGGAAGAUUUACCACUAGAGCAACGACGAUACUGCCCACCGGAUAUGGAGACCACAUUCGCGCAGACGGAGUAG